UCGUAAUAAUUAAAAAUAUACAUUUUUGUAUUUAGCUAUUGUUAUUCGCAAUAACUGAAUAUUAAUUUUAUCUACCACUUAGUUUUUAUAUGAAUAAAUAUUUUGACAAAAGCUGCUGCCUUCAAUAGCACGCUUCGCAACAUGGCACUUUACAGCAGUAAUGUAGAUGCCAGUCAGUAUAUAGACGCAGAAUAUUCCUCUGGCGACUCUAAUAAUAUAAAAUCCAAACAGUACCAGGAGGAAAAUAAUAACAACAUCGAUGAGUUAUCACAGCAUCUGUCUGAGAUGGGCUGUAUCGUGGACGCUGUGAAACGACCUCCAAAUACAUGCAUGGAGACCUGCGUUUAUGAGGAACCCGACGAAAGACUGAGUAGAAAUAAUAUUAGCUCUGAAACAAACGAUGCCACCAACGAAGACAAUUAUUCAGACGAGUUCGAUGAGGAAUCGAGUGAUAAGGAAGAAGGCAUACAACCACAACCGAGCAAAAUCACUGAACACAAAAUUGACAAGCCUCCAUUAAAAUUGUCGAAAAGUUGUUCAGGCAAUUUCAGUAAGCCACCGUCGAUAUCAGCGAGAUCGUCAGAUUUUGGGUCCACCUCAACAAUCACCAGGAGUCGUCGAGUAAACAUGUCGUUUUCCAACGACAGGCUCCGCGACAUAGAGCGGCACAAUCACAUACUACUCAACAAGAUAUUGAGCGCCAGGAACAGCAAGUCGUCGAUCCCGCCGCGCGACCGGCCCGUGUGGAGGCCGGUGCCCGCUGCCGCCGUGCACAGGAAGGUGCAGCAGAGGAAAAUUGACCAUGACAAUAUGAUCCUCCUGAAGAAGAUCCAGCGCGCCAAGUCAUCUUCGUGCAGCGUCCGCCGUUGAUACACAAGUGGCGUCCUCUACGCGGGCGCACCCUCUUUACAUUUGUUUUGUUUUUGUUACAAAUAUGUGCCUUUG